AUGGGUCCAAAAUUUUCGGGUUUCACACACAAGCCAGGUUGGAUUCUGGUAACGUGCCUGAAUAAGGCAAGCCAGGCCUGGAUUGUGGGUGAAAUCGGAAAACUAAAGCCCUGGCCGGAGGCAGAGCUCUCGGUAAUACCCGAGGGCGAACUGCCUAAACCUCAGCUGGGCAUUACCUACUUGCCCCGCAGCGAAGCCAACUCUCCAGAAGAGGCGGCUGUGCUGUUAAAGGCGCAAAAUGAAGGGCUCCAUACUGAGCUCUGGAGAAUCCUCCACCGUAGGGACGAGGAGAAUAGGUUCUUAGUAACCUUUUCUCUGGACGACCCAUCGGCGGAGGCUGUUCGGAAGGCAGGUGGCAGAGUCGUCCUUGGCUUUAAGAUGAUAACUUUUAAAGUCAGGGGAGGCUCUGACGCGGCAAUGGAGCCCGAACCGCCCCAAACCCAAUUCCCCCCAACCCUCCACCUCUCAGAGUGA